AUGUCUAAAAUAAAACCCAAACCCCAAAAUGAGAAUAAACUAAACAACACAAACAUCACAACUUCCGAUACAACUUUCUCUCAGUAUCUCCUUAUAUCAGCGAAGGAGACUGGGAAAAAAAUAUCAUCGCUGUCGCCCAUUAUCAUCCAGAAAACUAUUAAAGGAUGCAUCGGUACAUGUAAAUCCGUCAAGCCUUUGAGAUCGGGAGACCUCCUUGUUGAGGUCUUCCGCAAGCAACAGGCGGAUAAUCUCCUGAAACUGUCAGAGUUCUCUGGGAUCAGUGUCCAUGUUAGGGCCCAUCAGUCUCUUAACUUCAGCAAGGGGAUAAUCAGAUGCCCUGCCUUGCAGAACGACACUGACGCAGAGAUUCUGCAACAUUUCAAAUCGGAGAAUAUCCCGAUCUCGGAGGUAAGGCGGAUCAAAAUAAAACGCCAAACAGUAAGCACAAAUACGUUCGUCCUCACGUUCGCGGUGCCAAACCUUCCUCCAUCGGUAAUGGUAGGUUACAUGAGAUGUAACGUCUCGCCCUACAUACCGAAUCCUCUACGAUGCCGUAACUGCCAGAGAUACGGCCAUCAUGAGGACAGAUGCAGGCGGAGAGAGGUUUGUGAACACUGCGGACGAGAGGGCCAUAAUGACGCUGAUAGUUGCGAUAUCACCGGCAAACGAUGUGUUAAUUGCAAGGGCAACCAUGCAGCCUCAUCUCGAGACUGUCUUUCCUGGAAGAAGGAGAGGGAAGUUCUGCGGGUAAAGUAUACCCGCAACAUUUCCUUCCUUGAGGCCAGGAGAGCGGUCUAG